UUUUAUAAAUAAUUAAAUUUUAACAGCAAAAAAAUACAAAUUCAGUUGAUUCUACCUACUUGAGGUGCAAAGUUCUCAAGAGCGCUUUGCGCUAAUAUUAAAGAAAAACCAGACAAACAAAUUUAUAUUUUACUAAAGAAUAAAUAAAAUACUCUAUAUAGGAUUAAUUGAAAAGUUAAUUCUAGUAAUAAAAACAAUAUAAAAAUGGGCCUUUUUGUGCGAAUUUUUAUAGUUGCGUUCUGUUUGGGUUUGGCAGCUUUAAUACAAAACUAUCGCCUGUUGUCACAGCCACUACCGGCACCUAAGUUCGAUUUACAAAAAUAUUGGGGACCCGGGAAAGCAUCGGAUUAUAAAGAAAAUACAGCUGUGACACCAUUUGAUAUUGCGGUCAAAUUAGAGCUGAUCGAAGAUCUUAAAACACAACUCCAAAGACCAUUGAAAUUACAUGAUCCCUUGGAAGGUGUUGGCUUUGAGUACGGUUUCAACUCAAACUAUUUACAAACUGUUAUCAAAUACUGGCGCGAUGACUAUAUGGCAAAAUGGCCAGCACGUGAAAGUUUCCUAAAAAAAUUCCCACAUUUCCAAACACAAAUUCAAGGUCUAAAUCUUCACUUCAUCCAUGUUAAACCAAAGAAAACGGAAGGUAAAAAAGUUUUACCAUUGAUAUUGUUGCACGGCUGGCCCGGCUCUGUACGCGAAUUUUACGACAUUAUUCCUUUAUUGACUACACCCAACGAAAAGAGCGAUUAUGUAUUUGAAGUUGUGGCUCCAAGUUUGCCCGGUUAUGGUUGGUCUCAGGGAGCCUCCAAGAAAAACUUUGGUCCCGCUCAAAUGUCCAUAGUUUUGCGCAACCUUAUGUUGCGUUUAGGCCAUGAGAAAUUCAUUGUACAAGGUGGCGAUUGGGGUUCCAUUGUUGGUUCCAAUAUGGCAGCUUUGUUCCCUGAAAAUGUUUUGGGUUAUCAUUCCAAUAUGUGUGGCACAAUGGGACCUAUUGGUAUGCUUAAAAUGGUGCUUGCCAACUUUAUGCCCAGUCUCUUCUAUGACAAACAAUAUAGCGCCUUCUUUAAACCUUUGUCUGAGUUCUUUGCCAAUACUAUGGAGGAAAUGGGUUAUAUGCACUUACAAGCCACAAAACCCGACACCAUUGGCACAGCUUUGGCUCACAAUCCCGUAGGUUUGGCAGCUUAUAUACUUGAAAAAUUCUCCACCUGGACAAAUGGCGAAUACAAACACUUGCCAGAUGGUGGUCUCACAAAACGUUAUACAAUGGAUGCUUUGCUCGAUAAUGUCAUGAUCUACUAUAUCACCAAUUCCAUUACUACAUCGCAGCGCCUCUAUGCCGAACAAUUUAGCAAAGAACAAAUGAGCUUACAAAUGGAUCGUGUUGGUGUAAAGGUACCGACUGCCUGUGCUCGUUUCCUACAUGAUUUAUGGCAUGCAACCGAUUGUCAACUUAAGGAUAAAUUUUUAAAUUUAGUCCAAAGUACUUAUCACUUAGAAGGUGGACACUUUGCUGCCAUGGAAGUGCCCAAUGUACUCUAUAACGAUUUUAUUGAUUUUGUGAAGAAAGCUAAUUUGUAGAGUUGUUAUAUAAUUGUAUUAAAAAUUCACAAAAAGUCUGUUUAAAAUAGGAAUUUAGAUAUAUAUAUAUUUUCGACUAUAUAUUUUAAUAUUCAAUUCUUUUAUACAUAACAUGGCACAGGAAUUUUGUUCUUUAUAAUUUCGUUUAUUUGAUAACUGAAUAUAUGUUUGUACAUUUUUUUUUAUUUUUCAUAAUAAAGUUUUUUUUUUAUUAAACUGUUAAAAAAAAUAA